AUGCCGUUCACGCUCCUCUUCCCGAACUUGCGGCGAAUUUGGAUUGAAGUUGACGUCGCUGAAACUGGUUCCGACGUCCAUUUCGUCAAGUUGUUGGCGCAACAUGCUGGCUUCAAUGAUUGGAAGGAUUAUGUGACGAUGCGGGAGCGUGGUGUCCUUGAGGUCGUCGAGUUUACCCUCAUUAGCAACAAGGAGGUCACCGUCUACAAGGGACGUGUCAAGUUCGACCGCGGACUAGCCCCCCACGCCCUCGCUUUACUAACGACUUGUCGACAAAUCUACAUUGAAUCGCGUCUGGUAUUCUACUCCGGAAACAAUUUUAAGUUUCCCUACGACACCUUCCUCGACCGCUACUGGGCCGGGAAGUGCGCGCUCUCGCGCGAACAGUUGGAAACUAUCCAGAGCGUUGUUCUCUACAAGUCAUGGAUUUACUUCUGGAACGGAAGACAGUGGGAAUUUCCCUGGACGGCGUGUAUGAGGACUUUUCCAAACUUGAAGAAGAUUGCGUUGCAGGGGGUUACUUUGACGUUCAUGUUAGAGCGUGAUGCUGUGGUGGGAGGGAGCACCACUUGGGUGGAGUACCUCGGGAUCCAGAAGGGUAUCAAGCUUGAGGUCAUCACCGAAGAUCAUUCGGGGCCCGAGUAG